AUGGCAUCCUUGGCCCCUUUGGGAGUCCGGCCACCUGCAAGCAGGAAUCGGCCUGCGACUUCGGCUCCCGUGGCUGCGGUAGCUGCGGUUGUCGGGGCAUCGAGCGCGACCAAAGAUCAUGGAGCGCAUUCGGCACCGACGGGUGUUCUGGGUACGCUCGAAGACACUAAUCAGAAGGAUGUGAAGGGCGUGGAGACGGAGGCGCCGCCCGCCGAUUCCAAAGAGCCGGCUCCAGGGACUGGCAAUGGAGCUGAAGGAGGAACUACUUCCAACAGUGCGGCAAAGGGUAACACGGGAGAUGGGGUUUCGAUGAGAGGGGAGGACAACGGAGGGGAGGACAAAGAGAAGAGAGAAAAGGAAGUGGAGCAGGAGGUGAGCGAAGAGCUAGGGGCGCCUGAUGAAGUUCUGGUCCCCAAUGCGGUUAUGGUGGCUUUCCCCGACCCUGCCGCGAUUACCAAGGAGCCGUUGAUGUCUAUGGUGAACUCCGAAGGCUACAGCAUCGUCUCCAAGGCAGAGGUGACUACGCAUUUCCUUCCCAAAGGCAAGCCAGGCGUGUGUAGGGCGAGGCCGACGGCGACGGGAGUAUUCGGCGAAAGAAGCUGCUACGUGGUGGGUAGUAGGAAGGCACCGGGCCUGGGUGCGGCGAGAAAGUCCCAAAAGCAGGGAUUGAGGGACGAACAAGAAGACGAGGAGGUGCAGAGCGAGGUAGGGGUAAAGGGAAAGGGUAGCGGACCUGGAGAGGGAGAAGAGAGAGCUGAGAGAGCAGAGAACAGAGGAGAGAACCAGCAUAAUGAGAGAAUUGAUCGGUGGGCGAAAGGCAUUUUUACGAGGGAUGAACAUGAGAUGAGAAGGGAAGGAAGAGUAGACGAGCAUUUGGUAAGAGAGAUGAGAGAAGCGUGGGAGGGAGACGGGGGCCAGAGAGAUACCGGGGCGAAGGCAGGACAGAGCGUGACAGGGGCGGAGGGUGGAGAGAGUGCGGCAAAGGAGGAGGCGGGACAAAACGAGAGGGUAGAACUGGAGAUAGUGACGGAUGCAGUGUUGUUGAGCGGGAAGAUCCAAGUGACGAACGCGCUCAAGUUACUUUUACAGAGAACGAAACCGGAGAGAGUGAAAAGUCUGGAAGGGGCGAUCGAUGGGGAGAGGGUGUUGGUCAGGGAUGCGGAGGUGUGUUUGGGAAGAAAGUUGAGGGACGGCAGGUAUUGGAUUGGGGGCCAAACGACAAAGAUGAAGACGGUAAACGGGGAGCCUGUUAGGAGUUGGAAGUGCGUUGGGGGGAUGACGUGUGUAAACGGGGAUUGCGGGUACAAGAAGCAAUUCGGAAAAGAGAACUCGACGGGGUUUGAGAUGCGGGGGACGCUGCGAAAAUGGAUCUGCUUUCACUGCGACCACGAGGCGAAGCAUUCGUCGGACACGUGUCAGGCCGUAAAGUGGACGGUGAGAAACAAGAAGGAAGUAGCGUUUUGCUACAUGGGGAAGCACAACCACGAUUUGGGGAUGCUGGAGAGCAAGAGCGAUGCGGAUGAGAGGCAGCUGCAGGUGAUGAGCAUGGUGAGGAUGGACCGAUCGAUGACGCCGUCGCGCGCGAAGACGGCGGUAGCGGUGGCAGCGAUCCUCGAUGAGAUGGAGGACAACCCCGGAAAAGACUGCGCGGAAAAGUUGGUGGAGAAGUUGCUCCCCCUUCAAAACGCAAGGAGGCUGAAGGAGUGGGUCGAGCAAGCUAGGGCGGGACGAGCCGGGGUGUGA